AUGGCACAUGAGAAACCCACAGAAGGAGUCAGGACUGAGAGCAACAAUCACAUUCUUUUGAAAAUGACGAGGAAGGAAGGUUCUGUGCUACCGUUUAAGAUUAAGAGGCAGGCACCACUUACUUAGUAAACAAAGAAAGCCUAUUUGACUGCACAAUUGGAAAUGGAGGAUGAAGCUACAGCUGAUGUGUUCCAGCAGCAGACAGGUGUCUACUAG